AUGCCUUCGUUCAAGAGCACCUUCUUCGCCGUGGCCGCGGCCUUUGUCGCGACCGCCCAGGCCGACUAUGUCAUUGACCCCAACAGCGUCGCUUUGUCCGUGAGAAAGGGUUGGUGCAAGGACCAGACUUACUCGUGCCCCGUCAUCUGCCAACAGGUCUCGACCAAGCCUGCCGAGGUGAACGAGUGUGACCCUGCUGCCCUCACCUACGGCUGCAUCUGCGGCGACGGCAAGCAGCCCAACAUGUCCGAGUACUCCCUGACGCUGCCCUACCACGUCUGCCAGGAGUACGGCAACCAGUGCGUUGCCGCCUGCGGCCUCGGCGCCAACACGUGCUCCAACAACUGCCGUGUGAACAACCCCUGCGGCGCCCAAAACCCCACGCGUGUGAACGCGACGUCUUCCGCCGGCGACUCGGCGACGGCCACUGCUUCGGCUAGCGAGACGGCCAACGCUGUCUACACCGGCAUUGCCGGCGAGACCAGCGGCUCCGGCUCCGGCUCCAGCGGCGCCGCGACCCUGGAAAUGGGCCGCAGCGCCGGACUGGCCGUCCUCGUCGGCGGUGUGAUUGGCGGCGUCGCUUUCCUGCUUUAA